GAAAUUUAAGUGCAAAACAGAACGCCCAAGUAAAAGUAGAGUUGCAAAAACCUCCAUCGAUAAACAUCGAGGUACGCGUUUAUCGCUGUCGUUGCACCACUAGUGAAAAGUAUUUAGCAGAAAUAGAUCUGAAAAAACGACAUAUUUCGAGACUAUUUCGGUGCAAAUACGCAGCAUAGUUCGUGGCAACUUGAAGGCAGUAACAAGGCAGCGAAAGCAAGCAUAAACAGAAACAGUGAAAGAUGGGCGAUGUGAUGAAUAUCGACAGCAUAAUAUCUCGAUUGCUGGAGGUGCGUGGGGCUAGGCCAGGCAAGAACGUUCAGCUGUCAGAGAGCGAAAUUCGUGGUCUAUGCCUGAAGUCGCGAGAAAUUUUCCUCUCGCAGCCCAUACUGUUGGAACUGGAAGCACCAUUAAAGAUCUGUGGAGACAUUCACGGCCAGUACUACGAUUUGCUACGCCUGUUUGAGUAUGGCGGCUUUCCACCAGAGUCGAAUUACCUGUUUCUGGGCGAUUACGUUGAUCGCGGAAAGCAAUCGCUAGAGACCAUCUGCCUGCUGUUGGCCUACAAGAUCAAAUACUCUGAAAACUUCUUCUUGUUGCGAGGCAACCACGAGUGCGCUAGUAUCAAUCGGAUCUAUGGCUUCUACGAUGAAUGCAAAAGGCGAUAUAGCAUUAAGCUGUGGAAGACAUUUACCGAUUGCUUCAACUGCCUGCCUGUGGCGGCCAUCGUUGAUGAGAAGAUCUUCUGCUGUCACGGCGGCCUCAGUCCAGACCUGACAUCUAUGGAGCAGAUUCGUCGCAUUAUGCGCCCCACUGAUGUGCCCGAUCAAGGACUGCUUUGCGAUCUAUUGUGGUCUGAUCCCGACAAGGACACCAUGGGCUGGGGCGAAAACGAUCGCGGAGUCAGUUUCACCUUUGGUGCCGAGGUGGUGGCCAAGUUUCUUGAGAAACACGAAUUCGAUCUCAUCUGUCGGGCACAUCAGGUGGUCGAAGAUGGCUACGAAUUCUUUGCUAAACGGCAGCUGGUCACUCUUUUCUCGGCGCCCAAUUAUUGCGGUGAAUUCGACAAUGCAGGGGCCAUGAUGUCCGUGGACGAUACACUGAUGUGCUCGUUCCAGAUUUUGAAGCCAGCCGAUAAACGUAAAAAGUAAUAUCAUCAUUUAAAUCCCAAAAGUCUUUUUCUAUACAAGAAAUACAAACAAAAACCCAACAAAAAGUAAAACAAAAAACAAAUACUAAAAAAACAGCUUCAAAAUACACACACACAUCAUAGAAUGAGAGAGAGAAAGAGAGAUUAAGACGAGGUGGAAUCAACAAAAACCAGCAUAAAAUACGGGGCAGCAACAACAACAACAGCAGCAGCAGCAGCAACAACAACAAGAAUGAGAACCAGAACCAUCACCCAAAACAAAGCCGGAGGGAUAAGCAACAGCAAUAUGGAAAUACACGACACAACAAACAAAAAAAAACAACAGAAACACAUUGAAAAGAAUGAUUAUUAAACAAAUAUAUAUAUAUAUUUAUGUAGAAAACAUUUAUUUUGAUUAAAAGUUACAACUCAUAUAUACAUACAUAUAGAUAUACUGUACACUUACACAUACAACUCGUAAAUCCGUUAAAUUCCAUAAAGCCCUUUUGGCCUCCUAAUCCUACUAAGUUUGAGUACCAGAAAAACGAAAGAAACUGUAAAAGAGAGAUAAAUGAAUGUAGAGAAAAUGCUUGCCAAGUAAAAUUUUAGACAAAAAAAAACAAAAAGAAAAUUAAAAAUUCUCACCUUGAAAAUGGAAAUUAAUGUACGGAUAGAGCCCCAUCAUCUGCACUACGCAUCCCUUUAAGCCCCCAUCCCCGACACCCCAGAAAACAUAUACAGUAAUAUAUGUACAUGCAUGUAGGGAUCUUCUUUUUUUUCAAUACUUUCUUGAUAACACUCCCUACCACUCGAAGAUUUAUAUGUUUUCUUUAACCUUUCCGCCUUCCUUUCGCCCCUUCUUUUUUAGAUGUGUUUAUUAAAAUGAAUUAUUAUUAAUAUGUAUUAUCCAUAAUCCUUUGUAUUAAAUAAACAAAUGAUAUAAAAAGUGUAUGAGUUGUAAAAAUCGAAACUGAUUUCAAUAAAUACAUAUUUGGAAAAUCCA